UGGAACCCCACGUAAAUCUUCCCUUUUAUCCUCUUACAUUUCUCAACAUUUCUAAUAUAAUCAAUCUCUUUUAAUAUCCAUUACUGAUUUCCUGGUUUUUAUCCAUCUUCCACUUCCUUGCCUUGCUUAACCUUUUCAUCUCACAUUCCAUUUCCAAGGAGAAUAUUGUGACAAUGACGAGUGAUACCUCAUAUUACGAUAUAUUGGGUGUCAAGGUUAGUGCAUCCGCAGCUGAAAUCAAGAAGGCUUAUUACCUCAAAGCAAGGCAAGUUCAUCCCGAUAAAAACCCCGGAGAUCCAAAUGCCGAUGAAAAAUUUGCUGCACUCUCCGAGGCUUAUCAGGUAUUAAGUGAUCCUGACAAACGUGAAGACUAUGACAAGAAUGGAAAGGAUGGAAUCAUACCAGGCUCCAUGUUGGAUCCUUCAGCUGUAUUUGGGAUGGCUUUCGGAAGUGACUACUUCGAUGAAUACGUAGGCACACUAGCAAUGGCUACUUUGUCUUCUCUUGAAGUUGAAUUUGAAGAAAGUUCAGUAGAUAAGGAAGCUCGUACACAAAAAAUUAGGGAAAAGAUGGAGGUAUUGCAGAAAGAAAGGGAAGACAAGCUCAUCGUAACACUGAAAAACCGGCUUCAGCCGUUUGUCGAUGGUCAGACCGAUGAGUUCAUUUAUUGGGCAAAUAGCGAAGCACAACGACUUUCAAAAGCUGCUUUUGGUGAGGCAAUGCUACAUACCAUUGGAUACAUUUACAUAAGGAAAGGUGCCAGCGAACUCGGCAAAGACAAGCGGUAUAUGAAGGUACCCUUUAUAGCUGAAUGGGUGCGUGAUAAAGGGCACCGUGUGAAAUCACAAGUAAUGGCAGCUUCAGGUGCUGUUAGUUUAAUUCAGAUACAAGAAGAGCUAAAGAAAGUGAACCAAGGAGAAAAAAAAGAUGAAAACUUAAUGAAAGCCUUGGAAGAUAAAAGGGAAGCCAUGCUUCAAUCCCUUUGGAAGGUCAAUGUGGUUGAUAUUGAAACAACUUUGUCUCGUGUCUGCUUAGCCGUACUUCAAGACCCUGAUGCAUCCAAGGAUGUUCUGAUUUUACGAGCCAAAGCAUUGAAAAAACUUGGAUCCAUUUUUCAAGGAGUGAAAGUUUGUUAUAGUAGAGAAGACAGCCUUCGCCAUGAGAUUGAUUGUUGAUGUCAUUUUCAUAGAGAUGGAGGUUCACAUGGUGCCUGACGGCCUCUGAAGGAAGAGACAGGUUGAAAUGUUGGUUGGAGAACAAGUUGAGCAGAGUAACAGUAGGUACAUCACCGAACUAAUGUUGAUCAUAAGGCCUUAGAUAUCAUUGUCAUGAGUGACUCUCGACAUGUGCACAUGAUUUGAUUGGUGAGGGUUUGUAGUUGUAUUGUGUAUCCCCGCGUGAAUCUCGACGUCAUUGUUGAAGGUUGGCCCGUGAUGAGUAGGAGGCUAGGCCAUGGCCAUGCCUCCAAUGUUGGUUGUCAUUUGGUUGGCAAUUAGGCGCCGAGUCGCUUCGCCAACUUACCUUUGCCAGGUUAGCGAGGUGUCUUUGGGGCAUGAUUUAGUGGUUUCAGCUCUUUUCAAUUUUGGGUCUAACAAUUGCCUUUCUUAGUGACCUAUUGAAGAGUCACCUAUUGUUACUCUUGUUCAACUUCACCUCCGGCCAAUAUUUCAACCUAAUCUCUUUGAAGAAGGCUCUUAGGGUCAAUUUAGAAAUACUUUUCAAAAGUACUUUUGGGACAUAAAAAUAUGUUUUAGACAAAAUUAUUUCUUAACAAGCCGCGUUUUUAGAGAAAAAGUGUUUCUCUCAAACCAAAAAUUGGCCCCAAAAUACUUUAUUCAAAAGUUGAAAAUUUUAACUUCUCUCCAAAUUGAAGUGAUUUUGAAAAAAAAAAAAGUACUUUUGACAAGCAUUCCUAAACUAAGCCUUAACCACCCUAUAAACCUCCAUCUCCAUCAAAGACAUCAAUAGUGACAAAAUUGAUUUCUCGGCAUAAUUAUCUCGAUACUUGAUGGAUAUCUGUUUCUUUGUCAAUAUAUGUGUUUGGCUAGAACAUUGAAGUUGUUGGUUUGUUUGUUCUUGUACAAUGUGUUGGAUUUUUGAAGUAUGAUUGUCUGUUCUUGUACAGUGUGUUGAAUUUUUGAAGUAUGUUUCAUUAUUGAUGGUCUUAAUUCAACAACAUAUUGAAUUUCAAGCAA